UGUGACUGUUGUAACUAGUAACGACCAGGAACGGCGAUUUUGGUUUGUUUACAUGAAACGGACCUAAACCUAGAGCACAAGGGCCACAAAGGAACAAAUUAGACAAAAAGACAUGUCUUAAUGUAUUUCAUACCUAUUGCGCCCAGCUGUGGAGAACGUCCUCAUUCAUGCCCCAGACAGUUGAAGCAUGCUGGUAGUAACGUUAGUAUGCAGCCCAACGUAAUCAGAAGAGAUGCCGGAGUCUGGCAUCAAACGAAAAGCCUGCUUUACAAGAAUCUUCUCAUCAAAUGGAGGACUAAACAACAGAGUCUGCAGGAGUUGAUCCUGCCACUGCUGCUGCUGUGCCUGCUGAUUCUGAUCAGCACCCUGAACCCACAUGUCUACUACGGAGGCAUCAGUACCAUGGAGCUGGAGAGGGAGGACUACCACUUACUCAAGGGCCUGGGAUACACCCCCAUUAACAAUGCCACCAAUCACAUCAUGGAGGAGGUGGCCCAGGAAAUGCACUUGCAGGAUCGCCUGGAGAUGUUCUCUAGUGAAGAGGAUCUGGAGAAUGCCAGUCUUUAUGAGCCCUCAGGCUACGUUGGGGUGGUCUUCAUGGGCAGCACACCCACCUCUUACAGGUUGCGCUUCCCUUACAACCAUCUGCCCCUGCCCAGUGACUACACUGAAUCUAUUGCCAACUGUUUAGCCAGCUCAGUGAACUGCAGAGCAGCUAAUUACUGGUACUCUGGCUUCAUCCGCCUCCAGACUCUCAUCGACGCCGCCAUCAUACAGAUGCAGACCAAGCGGUCAGUAUGGAGUGAGAUGGACCACCUGCGUGUGGUGAUGAUGGGCCAGCCAGGGUCAGUGGAGGUCCAAAAGUUUCCCCACGCUCUCAUCUCCAUCUACCUGGUACUGGCUUUCACACCCUUCAUCACCUUCCUCAUCGUCAACGUGGCAGCAGAGAAGGAACACAGGCUCAAAGACACCAUGACCAUGAUGGGCCUCUACGACUCUGCCUUCUGGCUAUCGUGGGGCCUGCUGUAUGCAGCUCUGGUCACCACCAUGUCCAUCCUCAUGUCCAUCAUCGCUACCUAUACAGCUCUCUUCCCCAACAGUGACUUCAUCGUCAUCUUCCUCCUCAUCUUCCUCUACGGCAUCUCCUCUAUCUUCUUCUCCUUCAUGCUGACCCCUCUGUUUAAGAAGCCUAAGUUUGCCAGUACGGUGGGCUCAAUGCUGACUGUGGUGUUCGGCUGCCUGUCCCUGUUCACUGUCCUGAUGAAGGACUUCCCCCAGCCGCUGGUCUGGGUUCUUUGUCUGCUGUCCCCCAGCGCAUUCUCCAUCGGCAUUGCCCAGGUGGUGUACCUGGAGGCGCAGGGGGACGGAGCUGUGUUCGCUACCCUGGCCAACGGCCCCCAUCCCCUCUACGCCCCCCUUCUCAUGCUCGUCCUGGACUGUAUACUCUACCUGCUGCUGGCUGUCUACCUGGACCAGGUCCUACCAGGUGAGUUUGGCAUGCGGCGCUCCCUGGUAUACUUCAUGAAGCCAUCCUAUUGGUCCAAGCGCAGUAAGCGCUACGUCGAGGUGAGCUCUGUGUACGAGACGGAGGUGAACGGGGCCACAGGAGUGAAUGAGUCUGUGGAGCCUGUCUCUCCGGAAUUCAGGGGGAAAGAGGCCAUCCGCAUUAACAACAUCCGCAAGGUGUACAAAGAGAAGGACAGCAUCGUGGAAGCUCUGAGGGGCUUGUCCUUUGACAUCUAUGAAGGUCAGAUCACAGCCCUCCUGGGCCACAGCGGAGCAGGGAAGUCCACUCUGAUGAACAUCCUGUGUGGGAUCUGUCCCCCGACUGACGGCCACGCCUCCAUCUAUGGCUCCCCUGUGGCAGAGAUCGCUGAGGGGGCAGAGAUGAGGCAGCUGGUGGGCAUCUGCCCUCAGUUCAACAUCAUCUUUGACGUGCUCACUGUAGAAGAGCACCUGAGGAUAUUUGCUGCCAUUAAAGGGAUUCUGCCCUCUGACAUUGACAAUGAGGUGUCCAAGGUGCUGAAGGAUCUAGACCUGGAGAAAAUCAUGGACGCCCAGGCUAAGAACCUGAGUGGAGGCCAGAAGAGGAAAUUGUCUGUGGGCAUAGCCAUCCUGGGAGACCCCAAGAUCCUGCUCCUGGAUGAGCCUACUGCUGGUAUGGACCCCUGUUCCAGACACCAGGUGUGGUCUCUGCUGAAGAGUCGCAGAGCAGGCAGAGUCACGGUGCUCAGCACACAUUACAUGGACGAGGCAGACAUACUCGCUGACCGCAAAGCUGUGAUCUCUCAGGGCCAACUUAAGUGUGUUGGUUCUUCCCUAUAUCUCAAGACCAAGUGUGGAGUAGGAUACCACCUCAGAAUGUCUAUUGGUGGACGGUGUGAGGUGGAUGGUGUCACAUCAUUGGUCAAGCACCACGUCCCCAAGGCGCAGUUGUCACGGCAACAAGAGGCUGAGCUGACAUUCACCCUCCCUUUCGAAAGCAUGGACACCUUUUCAGGAUUGUUCUCAGAACUAGACUGCAGGCCAGACCUGGGCAUCAUCAACUACGGGGUGUCCAUGACAACGCUGGAGGAUGUGUUUCUUCGUCUGGAGGCUGAGGCUGAGGUGGACCAGGCUGACUACAGUGUGUUCAACCAGGAGCAGGUUGAGGAUGAGGGUGAUGCAUCCUCUCUGGACGACACUGACCAAAGACUACUGACCUUCUCUGACAGCAAGCCAGAGGCGGUCCAGGGCCAUGCUCUGUGGAGACAGCAGUUCAGCACCGUGGCCUGGCUACACAUGCUCAACAUGCAGAGAGAGAGGAAGGCCUUUGUCUACACUCUGGCAUUGUUCCUGGUCUUCCUAGCUGCUGUGCUUGUAUUGUCUCUGGCUACGGGGAACAUCCAGAUCCACGCUCCAGAACGGCAGUUUCUCCCCAUCUACCUGCUGAGACCGAACCAGGCUCCCCGGAAAUACACCACCAGUCUACUGGUCCAGAACUCAUCAGGCUCGGAUAUCUCCGACUUCAUCCGUAACCUGGAAUCUCAGGACAUCAAGGUGGAGAUGAUGAAGAACACAGACUACAUGUCCUGUGCUCCUCACAGUGCAGCCAUCAACGUCACCGGAUCCAACAAGGGUUUCAGAUACAGUGUAGCAUUCAACAGUACUACCGUCCACUCUUUGCCCAUGACAGUCAACGUCCUCAGUAACGCCAUCCUAAGAGGUCUCAACGGCACACAACGCAUCCACACCUGGACCAAGCCCUUCGACUAUCAAAUUCCCGACGCCACGUCAUAUGCUCUGGUCUACAUUGAGGCUAUCAUACUGGGGAUGCUAGCUGCAGGCAUGCCUGCCUACUUCGCCAUGGACCACACCCGAGACAGAGAGAUAAAGUGCCGUUCAACGCUGCGUAUCUCUGGCCUGGUCCCGUCUGCGUACUGGUGUGGUCAGGCUGCAGUGGACAUCCCCUUCUACUACCUCAUACUGACCACCAUGACCAGCAUCCUCUUCUCCUUCCAUACUGCCAACCUGCUUACCUCUAGCAACGUCACCGCAGUGAUCCUGUGUCUGAUAGGUUUUGGUCCAGCUAUGAUCCUGUUCGCCUAUGUGGUGUCUUUCAUGUUCACACGCGUCCAGAGUAACAGAGACUUCUUCUCUGUGGUCUCCAUGAUGGUGUGUGUGGUGUCUGCCUCCAUCGUCCAGCUGUCAUUUGUGAACGACAACCCCGGGCUGACGAGGAUCCUCCACAAUACACUAUGUUUCUUCAACCCUCUCUACCCCUUAAUGGGCUGCCUUAAUUCUAUCACCAAGGCCACCUUCCUGCCCUCCCUCUAUGAAGAGGACUUCCUCUGGAAGAACCUGCUCAUAGCUGUCCUAUCUCCCUAUCUGCAGUGCAUCCUGCUGCUGUUCAUGCUGCGCUGGUUGGAGAUCCGCUACGGAGGGAGGACCAUGAAGAAUGACCAGUUCUGCAGGAUCUCUUCCAAUACUAAGGCUAAAGUGGAACGUAACCCAGAGGAGGGGAUCAACGAGGAUGAAGAUGUUCAGAUGGAAAAGGCUCGGGUGAAGGAGGCCCUCACCUGCCAGUGCUGUGAGGAGAAACCAGUAGUGGUUGUGAGUAACUUGAGGAAGCAGUAUAAAUGUCCAAGGGAAGGAAUCUCUCUCAAGAAGAGGAGGACGGUAGCCACCAAGAACAUCUCCUUCUGUGUACGCAAAGGUGAGGUGCUUGGACUGCUGGGGCCCAACGGAGCAGGGAAAAGCACCAUCAUGCAUAUGUUGUCUGGAGACACAGUCCCAACCGCUGGACAGGUCCUGAUGGGGGACUACAGUACAGAGUUCCGUCCAGUAGACAACCCCCUGGAGCAUAUAGGCUACUGUCCCCAGGUCAGCCCUUUGUGGCCCCGCAUCACCCUGGAGGAACACCUGGAGAUCUACGCUGCCAUCAAGGGCCUCCGCGGACAGGACGUCCCUGGCAUCAUCACACGUGUGGUGAAUGCUCUGGAGCUGAAGGGCCACCUCCACAAGCAGGCCAAAAACCUCUCAGCUGGGAUCAAGAGGAAGUUGUGCUUUGCUCUCAGCAUGUUGGGGAACCCUCAGAUAGUUCUGCUGGACGAGCCUUCUACAGGGAUGGACCCCAAGUCCAAACAACGCAUGUGGAGGGCUAUCCGGGCAGCGUUUAAGAACCGCCAGCGUGGGGCCAUUCUGACCACUCACUACAUGGAGGAGGCUGAGGCUGUGUGUGACCGCGUGGCCAUCAUGGUGUCAGGGCAGCUCAGGUGUAUUGGGUCUAUCCAGCACCUGAAGGGGAAGUAUGGGCGUGGCUACAGCCUGGAAUUGAAGCUGAGAGAGGAGCUGACGGGGCUCCAACAAGUGGCACUGCUCCACAAGGAGAUCCGUCGAAUCUUCCCUCACGCUGCAAGACAGGAGAGCUUUGCCACCCUGAUGGUUUACAAGAUCCCCAUGGAGGAUGUCAAGUCACUGGCCAAGUCCUUCUCUCAGCUAGAGAGUGCUAAGCAAGCCUUCAACUUUGAAGAGUACAACUUUUCACAAUCAACCUUAGAGCAGGUCUUCAUGGAGUUUGCUAAGGAGCAGGAGAACGAGGAGGAAGAGGUGGGUUCCCUCAGCACCACGUUCCAGUGGCAGCGGCUCCGCCAGGACGGCCCUGUACCUGUCAACCACACAGACAGCAUUGUGCACCAGCUCUGAGCUCCACUGGGGGGG